AUGUGGUUGAAUCGAGACUUCAAUACUGGAACUGAAGGAAGUGGCUCGUUAGAUCUUGCUGCGCGCGAUUCUUACGAUGUGCAGCACAUUGAGCAUCACAUGGAUGUCCCCAAAGAUCCAAGCGAAAUGACAGAGCAGGCAAGUAUUUUAGCGCCACUAUCUUCCUUACUGAUGACAUUUUGUUAUGAUCGCUGCGAGUUGCAGCAGUACUACUUCAAGAUUCACGACUCUGAUAGGAACAGAAAGCUGGAUGGGAUUGAACUCAUACAAUCUCUGAUUCAUAGGCAUGCUCCAGAAAAUAAAGAGCCACUGAAGAACAAAUCAGAAAACUAUUUUGAACAAGGAGUAUUCCCUGACAAGGCACUCGCGAAAGCGGUGGACCGAGUCUUGCGUCAACAUGACAAAAACAAUGAUGGUUACAUUGAUUAUCCAGAAUUCAUCCGAGCUCAGGAAUCAUACUAUGCCAAUAAAAAGCGAGAACUUUAA